AUGGCUGCCUCUGUACGCUUUGAAGACCCCCCUCCUGCUCACCUCGAGCUCUGUUAUCCAGGCGGCCCGGACCGCUGGCGCUCACUGCUCAUGCGCUCUUCGAGCCUGCGCGUGCUAAAGCUGCAAAGCUUUCGGAGCGUCGGUAUGUCCGUCGUCCUGCAGACGUUCCGCCAUCUACCGUAUUUGGAAGAGCUCGAUUGGCAGCUGGGCCUGCCGCGCGACGACAUCGCGGCGGCAUCGACGUCGCGUAUCGAGAUGGUCCGCCUUCUCACCGUCACUCUCACAGGCGUUACCUCCGGAUGUGCUACCGUGUUACGGCACCUGAUCAUCCCGGAGGAGGCAGUGGUCACGGCGAUAUUCAACGCCGAUCGGGACGAACCCUUGUGCUCACGCUUUAGUACAUCUCUCUGGGACGCGUCGAUCCAGGAUCGAUUCGGCGGACCCGUGGACCGCGGCGGAGGGCCCGACGAUCUCCGGAUCUCGCAGUCCGACACCCUCCUCGUCGUACUGCUCGGGACAUCGCGGAAGCAGCAGAUGCGCAGAACACACACGACGUUCAUGAUCUUCAAGAUGGCUUCAGCCGAGCAGCUCCAGAUCUUGCGCGCGCUUCAAGACCGGUUCGCGCUCCCGACCAUCGUCUCGCUAUCUGUGGUCACAUCCCCCGCGGGCGCCGUCGGCGUCGACGAAUGGGCAGAGGUCCUCGCGCACUGCCCGCAGAUUAUGUCCCUGUCGCUCGUAAAUACCUUGUCGGCGAGGAUGAUCUUCGACGCGUUGAACUCGUGCGCAUCUGGCACGGACCCAGCGAGCACGCUGCUGUGCAAUCUGAAGCAGAUCGUGGUGAAUGACACAUCAGACGUCCGCGAAGAUUGGUUCGAUGCUUGCCGAACGUUCAUCGCGAACCGUUGCGCCGCCAUCGAAGCGAUGGCCAGGCCCAGGGGGCUCGACUCACUCUACUUGCAGGAAUGCAAAAGCAUCAUGGAAGACGAGCUUAAAUCGUUGGAAAUGCUGGUACCUGUGAAGUUGGUCGGCGGAUUCGAGUUCUGGUGA